AUGGAUGUGCUCUCUAAUACCCUAAACAGGGGUCUACAAACAGGUUUGCUGAAUGGUUUUCAUAUGUCUCCUACUUGUCCCAAGCUCACCCACCUUUUUUUUGCCGAUGAUGCCAUCUUAUUUGCCAAGGCUUCGGAAGCAGAACUUUACCAAUUACAUAAAAUUCUAAACACCUUUUCGAAGGCAUCAGGGCAGAGGAUCAAUAUACAGAAGUCUGGCCUUAUGGGGGGAAAGCACCUGCUGAGAAGCAGGAAGGUUACCUUAGCCAACAUCUUAGGAAUACAAGUCUGGGACAAACCAGAAAUGUACCUAGGAAUGCCAGUAGAGUGGGGAAGAUCAAAAGCAAAGUCUUUGCAGUGGAUUAAAGAGAAGAUCCUGAAUAAGAUUCAAGGAUGGAGUGGCAACCUUCUAAACCAGGCAGGGAAGGAGGUUCUUAUCAAGUCAGUCCUUCAGGCAAUUCCUUCUUUUGCAAUGUCAAUUCUGAAAUUUCCUAAGUCCUUCUGUUCUCAAAUUUGCUCCAAAAUUGCUCAAUUCUGGUGGAGGGGGAAAAAACAGCGGGGGAUACAUUGGAAGAAAUGGGAAAUCCUAACUUACAGAAAAGAGGAAGGUGGCAAGGAAGAGAAGGUUAAAUUCUUGGGUCUGGACGACUCUUCUUCAUGGCAGAGAUUUGAUCCUCAAACAUGGGCAAUGAAAUGUUGGUAA